AACUUUCUUCGCCCGGGGAGAAGUUCCCAGGCUGCUGCUGCAGCGCCGGAGUUCGGCCAGCCGGAAAGUCGCGGCGCGCCGGAGAGGAAACCGGGCGGCCGCAACUGGGGCGCCGCUCGAGCCGCCUGCCCGCCCCGCAGCGAGGGACCAGCCGGCGCCUGGCUUGCCCGAAAGCCGCCUUGCCGGACGGCGCGCGGCGGAGGAGCUGCGCCCGCACCGCGCUUCGCCGAGCAGGUUCUGCAAAAGAGACACAUUUCGUGACAAUGGAGGCCUGACAUUUGGACCUAGGUGUUACCAUUAGAAGUAUGGAACUUAUUGACCAUUGCCAACAUGGUUGCUCUACCCCAGUUCCAAAUGGAUAUGGAACCAAGAAUUCAAAGGAAAGAUCCACAAAACAGAUGUAUCCUAAUCCAGGUGCCAUCAGUGACCCUGGCAAAGAGGAUGUGGGCAAGAAUAAGAAGAAGGCCAGAGGCAGUUGGAUUUGGAAUUUUGUUGGCCGCAAGAAAGGAUCCUCCAUGAAUCCCAAACGGCCCCAAUCCAUGAUAUUCCUUGGAGAUCAUGUGGAGAUCAUGGAGCAGAAUCGUAAAAUGUCUUUCAUGGAAAGAGUGAGAUCCUAUAAGAAGCUACGGUCUUCUGGUCUAUCCAGAAAUACAUCCAAAGCAAAGGCUAUCAUUAUCUCUGUGGAAACUCAAGAAGAUCUUGAACAAAAAGCUCUCCAUAGGAUUAGAAAGCUCAGUGACGACCAGCGGCCUUACCGUCACUCCUAUGCUGGCUUCAUUGAGGACUUGGAUUCUUCAUUUGAGGAUAUUGAAUUAAAUAGCUGUGUGCUGGAUAUUGAAUCCAGCGAAAGCAAAUGGCACAGGGGGCUAGAGCUGGGAGUCAGUAGUAGCGAUGCUGAUAAUUAUUGUUACAACAUGUUGGCUCAGAAAAAUGGGGCCCCUGAGUUUGAAAAAACUCCAGAGUCUAGGGAUGCUGAAGGACAUUCUCAAACAAGAGAUGCCCCAGUAGCUCCUGAGAAUAAGAAAGGAAGAAGUUCUGAGGUCUGGGGAUAUCUAAAGGGAGUUUCAUUGACAGGCAAGGACUGUUCCAAGUUGGAGAACCCCACUGCAGAACCUGGUCUUCAGAGUUUGAAAAAAGCAAUGGAGAGCCCUCCUUCUUAUCUUGCUUUCGCUGCAGGAUGCAAAGACAACAUUGGCCAGACUAAAAAGCCUGGCCAUGGAGGGAAGGGAAAUCAUUUUGGUGGAGUCCUUAAGUUUUUUAAUAGCGUGGCUGGAGCAGCUAGGAAAUGGCGGGGAUCUUCCAAGACAUUUUCUCAGGAUGAACCACAGCAAAUCUCCAACUGUGCACGGCAAAGGCUGGAGCGAUCUCAUCGAAGGCAGCCUUUGGUCAUUGCGAAUGAUAAUGCUAACAGUUUCUCAUUAACUAGACUGUCACCUGAUUCUGAGAUGUGGGAUCACCCUAAUUCCAAAAUCUCAGCUGGUCAAGUUCCAGUUCAAGGAGAUACCAAUGCUGAGAUGUCUCAUGAAAUCUUGAAGGACCACAGCAAUGAAAGACCUUGUUCACCUCUUAGGAAAAGUAUGCCAUCUUUCCCCCACUCAGAAUGUCCAAGCGAUUGUCCGGUGCUCAAUGGACAUGGCUUAGAUACGGAACUGCUACAGAAGCAGAAGAUUCCUCCUAACAAAUUAAGUGAUGAGGGCCCAGGUUCUGUUCCAGGAGACCCCUGGAUUUUGCCUCCUUGGUACCAGGAGAAUACCCGAUCCUCUGUUGCAGUUUCAGCAGAUUCCCAGAGCCUGGAUACGGAAGAGUUAAAGUCUCAAGAUCUGAUGAAGGUCGAGAUGGACAUUGCAGGCCUGGAAAAGGAUUCUUCUUUGAAUUGUGAGGAAUGGUGUGAAAGUGAAAUGGAUAUCAAAGCGGUGUGUACUUCUGCCGAGGAUUUUAAUGCCCUCACAAGUGUAGCAGAUACUCCAGAUUUGGAGGAGGGAUUCAUAGAUAACCAGAUGUCCAAGAGGGUUCUAGGAGAAGACCAUCACCAUGCCAGGGUACAAGGAGAUAACUUGGGGUGUGGAAGGACUCUGCCAAAUGUUGGUCUUUCAGCAGGUUACUCUGCAGAAACUAGGAGUUUAGGAAGAAUUUUGGAGGACGUUGGCAAGCCCUGCACACCAUUAGCCUGCUCAUGCCACAGUCAGCAGGUCCUAGAUCAAGAACGUUCUUCUAUCAGAGCAAAUGGCAACACUUUUCUGCUACAACAGCCGUGGAAAUCCCGAGAAUCCGAACAUUUUCAGUGCGGGAAUGUUUAUUACCCUAUCCAGAUGAGCUUAUGUACAAUUGUCUCCUUCAAUGAGUUAAACAAUGGAAAGCCACGAUCUCACCCUCUCUGCCCAUCUCCAGCAUCUCCUCCUCCAUUCAAACUUUUUUUGGACCGAUGUCACUCCCUCCCACUCUCCAAGAGCACCCCAAUGGGAUUGGACCAGUUGGAAUGGAAACAGAAGUUUUUGAUCAGCUCUGCUGCUGAACAUGAUCUGGGGUCAAAAACAUUGGAGGUGCGCCGAGACACUAAGAACGGCCGAAGUAGAUGGAGACCCCUCCAGCCCGGCGCAGAGCAACUGCUACUCAAUAAAGGAGGGGCCAUUCAGCAUUCACGUGUGCCCCUCCUCCUGAGUCAGCCCCUGUUCCUCAGUUGCUCUCCUCUCCUGACAGCUCUGCGCACGCACAUAUCUGGAACAGGCUCCAGCUGUUCUUCUUCCCCACUUAUCUCCGACUCCGAAGGCAGCUGGGAAAUGUCAGACGGCCCUGGCCUUAUCUCUGCUUCCGAUGUAGAACAUCCAUCAGAGUCUUCCCCAGACUCCAGGUUUCUGAAAUCUGCCAACAGCAUCUGCGUGGGCUACACUUCAAGUGAAAGCUACAAUCAACAUAAAAUAAAAAACAGUAGCAUACUGACCCACAUCACUUAUUACCAGAGGAUCUGGAUAGGUGUUUUGUACCUGGGGUGA